CGACAAUCACCUCCGCAACCCACUUCCCGACCAUUAAAGAACAUUGCUCUACUCAGCAGUCAUGUCUGGGCUCCUCAGAACUAUUUCAACCCGCACUGCUCCGGCUCUGCGGGGACCCGUGAUCACCCAGAAGGCCAGUGUCUUCACCAGACCGGCUAAAGACCCUCUCGGCUCUGCCGAGACCAUCAUCGGACUGGGACUGUUCGCACUGGCUAUCCUUGGACCUUCCGGUUGGAUUCUCGCCAACAUUGAGGACUACAAGAAGAAAGAUUGACUUAACAUUUGACUCGGAUGUCCUGUACAUUCUCUGCUUAUGAAAGACCCUCCUGAGACCAUCAUUACUUCAAGAACUCCGUGGAACAAAUCCCCAACCUCCAUGAACUACCUCUCCAUCUCCAGUUUACUCUCCUCACUCCUAUUUUACUCUCCAACCCUUUGGAGAACUGUCUGCCAAUAAAACGGCUGCACAACAUCUCAAGAAUUGUGAAUUUUAAUUGAACAAGGAGUAUGUUACAAUAAUAAAACAUAAUUAAACUUUAAA